CUCAAAAUGUUGACAGCUGUGAAAGUCGCGUUCGGUUUUUGCACUUUUUUCCUCGCGUUCGAGGAGACUGUGUCAUGGACCAUAGAUUUACCGCAAGUGAGGAAGUAUUUUUUUGAAAAAAAUAUGAUCGAACGAGAGAGACAAGAUAGAUGGAUAAUGCAGCAGGCACAACGGCCCCAGCAAGUUGUGUAUGAUAAUAUACAUACAAAAAGCUUGCAUUUUGAUUACGAGAAGUAUAAGAAACAUUACGCUGAUGAUUACAAAUACAAUGGAUACAUGGAACACAAGGUGCAUCAGGCGGUUCAAAACGGCAGCGCCUACCUGGACGGUCUGCGGCGCUCCAUCGAGGCCUACCUGCGGCGCCUAGAGUCCUGCCGCGGGCAGAACAUGACUGUUAACGUCGUCCAACUACGUCGAUACUCCAACCAAAACGAGUCAAACGACGCUCUCUACUACUUCCUGACCAACCCCGCCAACCCCCUCACGAACCCCACCAAACCCAGUCUUGUCCAAGCAGCCCUCCUCAACAUCCUUCUCCCUUUUUCCACCUACGGCCUCCCUAUCCCCACCAACUUAACCACAGUAACACAAAUGAACAUGAAUUUCACGGAGUUCUUGGCGAUGGCGCCGAAUUACACGAUGUUUAAUAUGAGCGAGGGGUUCAGGAACUGUGUGAGGGCGGAUUUAGCGAGCGAGCAUGUGCGGCGCCUCGCUGAGCUUGCUGUGUGGGCCGCUAGCGAGCUGCAGGACAAGUUGUACGCGGAUAAAUACAGCGAGGUAAGAGAAAUUACACAAUGUUUAAUAUUAGCGAGGGGUUCAGGAGAACUGUGUGAUUUAGCGAGCGAGCAUGUGCGGCGCCUCGCUGAGCUCGCUGUGUGGGCCGCUAGCGAGCUGCAGGACAAGUUGUACGCGGAUAAAUACAGCGAGGAACUGUGUGAUUUAGCGAGCGAGCAUGUGCGGCGCCUCGCUGAGCUCGCUGUGUGGGCCGCUAGCGAGCUGCAGGACAAGUUGUACGCGGAUAAAUACAGCGAGCACGACCACAAUCUUAAUGGCCACGAAAAUGACCACGGCCACGAAAACGGUAUCCUCAGCGAUCACAGCUACGGGCGCGGCCAUGAGAAGGCCCACAAUAAUGACCAUGGGCAAAAGGCCCACAACAAUGACCAUGGGCAUGAUGAUGACACGCUGGUGCUCCGGCUCGCUUGGUUUUUGGACAGGCUGGCGCACCUGACUGGUUAUGAUCCUACGGGGCAGGACUUUGUGGAACCAUCGACAGCUCGGCCGCCAUCGGAUCCCAUGAUCCCCACACUCAUAUCCAACGCGGACCUGCAGUUCCUCACGAGCUGUCUGCGGGGCACCAACGGAACUGCUACGGAGCGCUGUGCCUUCCCCAGCGGCUCCAGUCCGCCUAACCUGGAGACUCUGCGAGCUAUGGGGAUGACUAUGCCAGUCCAACAAACACCAGAUUUGAAGCCAUCCGCAUCAGAAACCGAAGAAUACACAUAUUCGGAGCAAGUGUUCACAGACGACGAUAUGCCUCUCUCGCUCCCGCAGCGACCGGAAAAAAAACACAAGAGAUCAGUUGAAGGAGACCCUUUAGAAAACUUUAUACAAUACUUCGCUAAAUAUAAAGCAUGGACCGGCUCGAACCAAGAAGAAAAAUACAGCUCAGAAAUGUCACAAGCAAAUACAGAAAAAUACGACUCUGAAAUGUCACAUGUAAACACAAACAAGGAAAACAUGUCAAAUUCAAAUUCAAUAAGAAAAAAGCGGUUUGUAGUUAAAAAAAAGAAAGCGAAACAUGUCAAACCAGAACCAUUUCCGAUUGCCAGUUACGUGAAACAUAAGAUAGAAAGUCACAUUAAAAAAGAUGAGAAAGAGGCGAAGGCGUGGAAAAAGUUUAUAGAGAAAUUGCACAAACCAAAGACGGAGGUUAAAUUAUUGAAGUUUAAGAAAGCUAAGAGAUCUAUUAAGUAUUCUAGGAAGGAGCAGCCGCGAGUGCCGGAUGAUCCGCAGAUGGAUAUCAGCUAUUAUGUGAAGAACAAGCCAGGCCGGAAUUAUAAUUACAAUGCGGCGCAGGCGGCGCUGGUGCGCGCGGGUCUCGAGCAGGUGUUCCAAACUGGCAACAUACUGGUCGUACACCGAUACGGGUCCAAUUAUAACCCGGCAAACCGAGAGGUCAUACUGGACGGGUACAUCGUGGGCUUGGCAGACUUUUAA